CUCUCUCCCUGCAUGGUCCUCUGUGUCUCAGGCCUGGCCUCCAGGGCAGUCCCUGGGGCUCUGGGAACUGCUUGGAAGAACUCACUGGGGGCCUGGGGAACUACAGUCUUCCCAGGGCUGCUCCUGCUCCUCACCUUCUCCUGUUUGCCAUCCCCUGGUGGCCAGCCCUGCCCCAGAGGGCCCCUUUCAGUGGAGACCUCAGUGCCUCAGGAACUGACUGGGUGCUGCCCCCUGGCAGAGGGGGUGGGCGAGUGCAGGCAGGGCAGAAGACAUGCCUGACUGCUGCCUUUCCUCUCAGUGUCCCGGUGAAGGAAGUACUCCCUGGCAUCAUUAAGCAGGGGGUUAACUGCUUAGAAUCCCAGGGCCAGAACACAGCUGGGGACUUCCUGCUUGGAAUGGGGAUCUGCAGAGGGUCUGCCAAGAACCCCCCGCCAGCCCAGGCAUGGCUGUUCAGUGAUCAUCUCAUCCAGCAGCAGGGGAAGUGCCUGGCUGCCACCUCUACCUUAAUGUCCUCACCUGGGUCCCCAGUCAUUCUGCAGGUGUGCAACCCGAGAGAAGGCAAGCAGAAAUGGAGGAGAAAAGGAUCUUUCAUCCAGCAUUCAGUCAGUGGCCUCUGCCUGGAGACGAAGCCCGCCCAGCUGGUGACCAGCAAGUGUCAGGCUGAUGCCCAGGCCCAGCAGUGGCAGCUGCUGCCGCACACAUGACGGUAGCCCCAGGGCCUCCUGUACCUUUUGCAUGAGACUUUGGGACAGAAGGGGGUUAGGGUGGGGGAGUGUAAAGCGGGCCGUUUCCAUCUCCUCACGUUUCUGCCGGAAUCAUCAGCAAACAUCCCGCCAUGACACACGUUUCUCCAAAGUUUGUUCUUGGGAGGGCACAGGGCACACCCUGAUCUCCGUGGCGCCCUGGCCUUGCCCUGGGAGAGGAGAUGGUCAGGGUUCUGGGCUGUUGCUGGACAGAGACUGGGCAGGUGCCCUGGCCCUUUGUCCUCUCCCUUGGCCCUUCUCGGGGCCCAGACAGUGGUGGGUGGACUCUCCCCUUGUUUCCGGAGGAGAGCAAGGACAGAAGACCACACAGGGGCCCAGUCGGGUCCUGGGGCCUACCUGUGGGGACAGGCGUGAGGGGAGAAAGUGGGCAGCAUGGACGGAGAGGCAAGGAGGGAGACGGGCAGCCUGUAGGGGCAGGUGAGGAGCAGGAAGGAAGUGAGUAGCUCAGUGCCCUGUCUAAGAGAUGCCAAGUCAGGGGGUGCUGGGUUGGAUAUGGGAGGCAUGGGCUCCUGGGGACGAAGGAUGGGUGAUGUGAAGAAGAGCAUGGAUGGAAGAGCAGGAAAGCACCCAAAGAACAAGUCCGUUCCCCAGGACGCAGUCCCUCCACACAAACCUUACCAGCGCCAGGGCCUGGGCUUGACACCGUGCCUCCGGUUCUGCCCUGCAGGGACCCACAUUCUCAGUGAGAGGCUGCAGAGGGAUCUUUAGGGGCAGCCUUGGGCAUAGUUUAUUAAACAGACUCCACUUCUGUUUGGCCACAUGUCAGGCUGAGACCUCUCUCUUGGGCCUUCAUGACCGGCUGGUGCCCUGUUUCCCCUGUCUAUGCCCACCGGGAGGAAUGGGCAGCCACCACAUGCCACUGAGCAGCCCCAUUCUCAUUUGCAGUUUUUGCCUUCUGCUUUCUCAAAGGUCUUUGCCUCUGUAAAUAUAGCAUCAUAGGUCAGGGUGACUGGUAAGAAUGGAAACUUCUUUCUGGAGAAUGGUCAUCCCCUAAGUCAUUAGGGGCUAAACCAUCAGGCUAAACCUCAUCCUGAGUCCCCUCCCCAUUGCAGGAAGGGUUCAGCUAUUGGCAGUGGGCUGGUAGGCUCGCUGGUGGCUCCUGUUUGUGUAGAGAACUCCCUGCUUCUUCUCACAGCCGCUAAGAGCACAUCUAACCACAUUUACCCCAUGGCCUUGUUUGGAACCACUUCUGCUCUUCCCCACGCCCCUUUUCCCCCACCCCACUGGCUCAGGCCCCUGGGGAUCUCAUUCCCAAAGAAAACCAGCCUGGGGCAUCCUUCCCCAGGAGACCCCAGACUUUCACAGACCGGGAUUCGCACACCCACAGGGAGCUCAUGGAUUCCAGAGGGUCUAGGAAUCUCCAGAAAUUGUCCCCAAAAUAUUGCAUGUGUUUGCAUAUCUGGGCAGAGGGUCCAUUGAUUUCCUCAGCUUCUUAAAAGAGGUCCGUGAUCCCCAAAGAGUCUGAAUCUCUGCUCUGGAUUGGAGCCACUAUCCACCUGAGCUGCCAUCCCCAAUCUCCCUCCUGGUGUGCCCAAAGCACCAUCACCCUGCUCCCUCUACAUGGCCCUCAGGGUCAGGAGCCAAGUGUCAGUGAUCUGCAGCACCCACUCUGGAGGGUUCUCCAGCAGUUUCCUCUCACUUCCUGGCUCUCCCUGGCAUCCUGUCAGCAGUGCUUCUGUGCCUGGCGUGCAUCCCCUUGGAUUCACCAGCACGGGCCCUUUGCUCCUGUGACCACACUUCUGUCUUGUGAUGUUUCAUCCGCUGCCAUCUGCAGGCCUCAGAUCCUUUGUUCAUCUGGGAAGUCUCCUGCCACAGCUUAGGACAGAACUGGGAAGGGGUGAAGGCCUCUCCCUAGAGGAUGGGGUAAGAGGCCUGGGCCAUGCUUGAGCAUAGACCUUUCAGGAGUGGGAACGUGGGCUUCUCUUGUUGAAUGUAAAAGGACUGCUGCUCAGAGGGCCUCGAUGAAGGUCUCUCCCUCGUUUCCUGUGGUCAGACCAGGCUCCGCACCUGUCAGCCUGCUGUCCUUUGUGGGGACUCAGCCCUGUUCUGUUUUUGCUUUUCCUCUUCUUGACCAAAGCAUGUGCCACUAGCUGUCCUUGAGGACCUUGUCUUUAUGAAACAUAUACCUGGAAUAAAACCACUUCUUAUA